CACUAUUGAAGACACGUGACUUAGCCGCCAUUUUUCUAGACAGCAAAGAACCUCUCCAUCUCCAUAACUUCUUUCACGUUGAUUUCUUGAACUGAAAUCAUCAAUUCAUUUUUAGCGUUUCCACGUUUCGUGUCAAUACGACUUAAAAAAAUGCGUUACGUGGCCGCUUACUUAUUGGCUGUUAUCGGUGGCAAAGCCUCACCAACGCAAAAUGACAUCGAGAAAAUCCUCUCAUCUGUCGGAAUCGAAGCUGAUGCCGAAAAGCUCAAGAAGGUUAUCGCUUCCCUCGAGGGCAAAUCUAUCGAAGAAUUGAUCGCUGAAGGACGAUCAAAAUUGUCUUCAAUGCCAGUUGGUGGUGGUGGUGCUGCUGCCGCAGCGGCUCCAGCUGCUGCUGCUCCCGCUGCUGAGGAGAAGAAGGAGGACAAGAAAGCCGCCAAAGAAGACUCUGAGUCAGACGAUGAUGACAUGGGCUUCGGUCUGUUCGACUAAAAACCUUCAAAAAAUUAAAUUAUUCAUUAGCAUUAACACCUUUUGUUAAUAUAAAUUUAUACAUUUGUUUCAAUCCGCUGAUGAAUAAAUAAUUUUUUACUCUA